AUGUUUCGCUAUCGUUGCCGCAACGCUAAAAACCUGUUGCUGAUGCGCAACAUACGCCGUUGGUACACAAGUGCGGGCAACGAUGAGAGUCUACCAUCCGCGCAAGGACCACCGUUGGCAGGCGUUUCAUCACCAACGCUGUGGAGGAACGGUGGUGUGCUGGGCGAGGGCAUGUUGGGAAACCCACGUGUGGCAGCAACAACACCGCAGGAGGUGGAGGAAACGUUUCGCUGCUCCGUCCUUGCCCGUACGGUUAGCAACUUGAAAUUGCGGCGUUACCUCCAGAAAUUGGAACCAAAGGAUCACACAUUAGUCCUUGCGGCUCUUCGUGGAGCUCAAGCUGGUGGGCUUCGAUUGGAUACGAAAACUAACGAAGUGGCCCUCUCUAAGCUGAUGGAUGGAGGCCAACUGCAGGCAAGUAUGGAGAUUUAUCGGAAGAUGAUUCAGAAUCGUAUGAAUCCAACAGCAAACACAUAUGCCACGCUUAUGCACAUGUGCAUCGAGCGGGAUAUGCCGGAGGCGUGCCAGAAACUUUUUGAGGAGAUGGUCAAGCGUGGCCAGUCACCCAACACACGGAACUACGAAAUGUAUAUUGGGUCGCUCGCAAUGGAAAAUCCGCCCAAAUGGAAAAAUGCUAUUGAGGUGUUUGACCGCAUGUCACGGGAGCGUCACGGCAAACACCUGACGGCAGCAACAUACGAGUCCCUUAUGCGCGUCUACCUGAAUAUGACGCCAUUUGACUGGCGGGUGGUUUACAACUGCUACUAUGAGAUGCGCUCUCGCCAACCCCAAAUUCAGCUACGGUGGGAGACCUAUCACUUGGUGGCGGAAGCACUGCGCCGUGGUCAAGCAGGGUACACGCGGCGCCUCAUCACGUACUUGGAUGCGUGGUUUUGUAUAACGUACUUUCGCUCCUGGGAGUUUUUCAUGGGCUUCAUGUUUUACAUCUGCCUGAUGUUUCUUAUUAAGGGUCUUAUUAGUUGGGUGGUUGUCUGGUACUACGGGCGCGCCGUUAACGCAAGCAGGGGUGCGUCGGAGUCUGUCAUCUUAUAG